AUGCCGACUACUUUGGUUUUAACAACGUGUUCUGUUGAUAAAGAACCGUAUGACCUUCUUAUUUGUAUUGAUGAUGAUUCUAAGAACGUAUCAGCGACAACUAUCGACGAAAUAUUGUCAUUAAUUGAUCGAAUAGAUUCGAUUCAACUUCAAUUAAAGCUAUUAACGAACAACAAGACUGAUGCUGCAAAAUCAGAAACGAUUCCAUUCGACAAGUUGUUAAAUAUUCGCCAGAUCGAUGAACCAUUGAACGAUUCAAUAUCAUCAUCGGUCAAGCAACGAUUUGAAACAAAAUCACUUUCUCAAUCUACACGAAUCCGACUUCGCUAUGCUCAUGUAUCUGAGCUAUUCCUUUGGACAGUAAAACAAUUAGAAGUAGACUUGGAUCGCUCAAUUGCACAGCGAUUGUGUUCAGUAUCAAAUCGAUAUCUAUCGAAACUGAAAAAGCGUCCUCGAAAUCUAUUGAUUUUUAUCAAUCCCGAAUGUGGGAAAGGUGUCGGAAAUUCGGUUUACGAGGAGCAAGUAUUACCAUUGUUCGAAGAAAUGAAUCUAACUGUAAAUACCAUCUAUACCGAACGUGCGAAUCAUGCACGAGAUUAUAUUAAAGAGAACUCUUUGGAUGAUUAUGAUGGUGUGAUAUCAGUCGGUGGUGAUGGAAUGUUUUCUGAAAUCUGUCACAGUUUAUUACUUAAAACUGCACAACAAGCUAAACUCGAUGUAAACGAUCCUACAACCCAUCUUGUUCCACCACAAUUGCGUAUUGGCGUUAUACCAGCUGGAUCAACCGAUGCGGUGGCAUUUGGUACAACUGGCUACAACGAUCCUGUUACGAGUACUUUACAAAUUAUUGUUGGUGAAUCCCUUCUUAUUGAUAUAACUACGGUUCAUAAUGAACAUGGUUUCGUACGUUUUAUGGCAACGAUGUUUGCCUACGGAUUUUUUGGCAACAUUAUUGAACAAUCUGAGAAUUGGAGAAUUUUCGGUCCGUUACGCUACACUCUUGCUGGCAUUGUUCAAUUCCUUCGAAAUGUAUCUUAUAAUACGGAAAUAAUAAUCACUCAAGCAUCGAACAAAUCGGAUCAAAUUAAACGUCGAGGUCAUUAUGAAACAAUUAAUUGUCUAAAUAUGCCUGGUCGUUGCCAUAAAAGUAAACUAGGAAUGUCUCCAACUGUUCAUCUAGCCGAUGGUUCAUUUGAUGUCGUGCUCGUCAAACACUCGUGGCGUUUACACUUUCUUCGUUUUCUUCAUCGUGCAGCAAAUGAUAGUCAUGGAAUCGAAAAACUAUCCAAUGUCGAACGAUUUCGAGCAACUGAAGUGUGCAUCCAUCCUCUUGUUGUUCAUCACGACAAUGAACUUGGAAACUGGUCAUGCGAUGGUGAAUUGAUCGAUGCGAAACAAGUCACCAUCCAUGCUCAUCAUCAAGCAUUGAAAUUAUUUGCAACUGGCAUCAAUCUUGAUCAAGUGAAGAAAAUCAAUGAACAACAGUCGAUGAACAGUCCUUCCGACCGAAUGACUAGAUGCUGUUUUCUCUUCCUGAUCAUCUGUUGUUUUGUUGUUUUUACUUUUGUAUGUUAUCGGUGUUUAUUUUGA